AUGUACGAUUUUGGCUUCAAGGAUAGUCCUUGUUUAACUCUAUUCGCUGAAGAGAAACCGCGGAAACAAUUGAUGGUUCAGUCGCGCGUUACGGAAAAAUUUGUAGCCAAAGGGGCUAAUCGAAUGAGGAAUGGUGUGUCCCUACGAGAGGAAGAGGAAGGAGUUGAGAAUUACCUCAAUAUGAACGGACUGGAUAAAGUAAAAAAUGACCGAUCAACGAUCGAAUUUUAG